GCCUGGGCCCCCGCGGUGCCUUGUCGAGGAGCCUCGGAGGCUCCAACCUUGUCCCGGGAAGCAGGGCUGCCCCGCUUCAGGGCGGCGAGGGCUGUGCCCGCCUCCGGCCGGACGGGGAAGUGAGCGGGGCCGGCGCCCUUGACCUCCCGGGGCUGCACCGCGCCCGCCGCCCCGAACAUCCCGCGGUCCCCGCGGUCCCCGCGGUCUCAGUCCAGGCGCAGAGCGGCCCGCAGGCGCGAUGCUGGCGCUGUGGCUGCUGAGCUUCGGGCACAAGUUGCUGCUCUGGGGCGGGUUGUGCGCGGUCUCCCUGGCGGGCGCCAUCGUCACCCUGAAGCUCCUGCGGACGGUGGCGAGCUACGCGUGGACAUGGCAGCAGAUGCGUGCGGUCCCAACCUUGGACGGCGCCUACCCCUUCCUGGGACAUGCGCUGAUGUUAAAGCCGGACGCGAGAGAUUUUUUCCAGCAGAUGAUUCAGUACACUGAAGAAUACCGACACCUGCCACUGCUGAAACUCUGGCUUGGGCCCGUACCUCUGGUGUUCCUUUAUAAUGCAGAAAAUGUGGAGGUAAUUUUAACUAGUUCAAAGCACAUUGACAAAUCCUAUAUGUACAAGUUCCUAGAACCGUGGCUUGGCCUAGGACUUCUUACAAGUACUGGAAACAAGUGGCGCUCUAGGAGAAAAAUGUUAACACCCACUUUCCAUUUUACAAUUCUGGAAGAUUUCUUAGAUGUCAUGAAUGAACAAGCAAAUAUAUUGGUUAAUAAGCUUGAAAAAUAUGUUAACCAAGAAGCAUUUAACUGCUUUUUUUACAUCACUCUUUGUGCCUUAGAUAUAAUCUGUGAAACAGCUAUGGGGAAGAACAUUGGUGCUCAAAGCAACGAUGAUUCCGAGUAUGUUCAAGCAGUUUAUAGGAUGAGUGAUUCAAUACAUCAAAGAAUGAAGAUGCCCUGGCUCUGGCUUGACCUUUUGUUCUUUAUAUUUAAAGAUGGAUGGGAACACAAAAGGAGCCUAAAAAUCCUACAUAAUUUUACCAAAAAUGUCAUCACUGAACGGGCCAAUGAAAUGAAGAGACAUGAAGAAGGAAGAAGUAAUGACAAGGACUUUCCUCCACACAAUAAUAAACGCAGGGGUUUUCUUGACUUGCUUUUAAAUGUGACUGAUGACCAAGGGAACAAGCUGAGUUACGAAGAGAUUCGAGAAGAAGUUGACACCUUUAUGUUUGAGGGUCACGAUACGACCGCAGCUGCAAUAAACUUGUCCUUAUAUCUAUUGGGUUCGUAUCCAGAAGUCCAGCAAAAAGUGGACAAUGAACUGGAGGAAGUGUUUGGGAGAUCUGAUCGUCCUCCUACCUUAGAUGACCUGAAGAAACUUAAAUAUCUGGAAUGUGUUGUUAAAGAGAGCCUUCGCCUUUUUCCUUCUGUUCCUUUCUUUGCCCGUAAUCUUAAUGAAGACUGUGAAGUUGCGGGUUACAAAAUCGUGAAAGGGUCUCAAGUAAUCAUCAUACCCUAUGCACUGCACAGAGAUCCAAGGUACUUCCCCAAUCCUGAGGAGUUCAAGCCAGAACGGUUCUUUCCCGAGAAUUCGAAAGGACGUCAUUCAUACGCAUAUGUGCCCUUCUCUGCUGGACCCCGAAACUGUAUAGGUCAAAAGUUUGCCAUGAUGGAAGAAAAGACCAUUCUUUCCUGCAUCCUGAGGCAUUUUUGGGUAGAAUCCAACCAAAAAAGAGAAGAACUUGGUCUGGCAGGAGAACUGAUUCUUCGGCCAAGUAACGGCAUCUGGAUCAAGUUGAAGAGGAGAAACACAAAUGAAUCCUAACUAUACUAUUGGGCUGCUCUCUUGCCACAAAAAGGUCUUUCUUUAAAGGAAGCUUUGCAUUUACAAUUCGUAGAUCAUGAACUCAAUAUUCUUAAUCCCUAAACCUAAUUUUUUUUCUUGUCCCCACUUACCUUGGGGUCAAGUCUACCAAAGCGAGAGUUUUAAUUUCUCCAUCACCAUCAUAGCUCUGACCCCUGGUCUUGAUCCCAAAAGUAAACUGAUGACUGUACCCAAAUAAACACAUAAAAGCUUCUCAACAGAGCGAUCCACAGGCCAAUCCACUUUCAAUCAACGGACCCAAAGGGUAUAAUUUAAUUGAAGUUCCAGAAUAUUUUUAAGGUAUUCUUGUAGACUCAGGAACAUAUACAUGCAUGUAUAUAUAUACAUUUGUUUGAAAAGGGUGAGUAAUUAAGUACUUAGACAUAAGGAGUUUAAGUUUCAAGAAUUAUAUCAGUGGCAUCAAUUAUGAGAAGAAUAACCAUUAUGAUACUUUUCAGAUUUAAUCAUCUACAGCAGAUCAUUUAUAAGUUGACUCAGAGGCUCUGUUCCUAUUUCCCUUUGGACGGUGUACUUAUAGCCUUCCUUUCAUUCCUCAGAGCAUCACAAUUACCUUUUUAUAUCAUGUAUUAUUGGAAAAGAUUCCUCUUGGUAAUCUCCCGUCCCUCACAGUGAUUCAGGGAGUUGAUUUAUGGCUUUUGGAGCUCGAAGGACCUUAGAGUUUAUCAAGUUAUGCCGUGGGCUCUCCCUAUCCACGAAUUCUGAAUCCAUGGAUUCAACGAAUGGCUGAUAGAAAAUAUUUGAAAAAAAAUUCCAGAAAGUUCCAAAAAGUAAGCUAUUUACAUAGCAUUUACAUUGUAUUAGGUAUUAUAAGUAAUCUAGAGAUGAUUUAAAGUAUACAGUUGGAGGUUCAAGAUGGUGGAGUAGAAGGACGUGCACUCCUCCCUCUUUGCGAGAGCACCGGAAUCACAACAGUCAUCAACAGGAAGACACUGGAACUCACCAAAAAAGAUACCCCACAACCAAAGACAAAGGAGAAGCCUCAGUGAGACUGUAGGAGGGGCGCAAUCACAAUAAAAUAAAAUCCCAUAACCGCUGGGUGGGUGACUCACAAACU